AACCUAGGUCACGAAUGAAUCAUCUCAUCUCAUUUCCUCUUCAUCUCAUCUGAUCCCAUCUAUCUCCUUUUCAGUAAUAUCUUAUAUCUGGAAAAUCAUAACACUAACGAUCAUGCUCGUUCCAGGCACUACGCUAGUCAAACGGUCAACCAUUAUUUCCAACGGAGUUCAAAAGAGAAAAUGCAGAGUCGUUAAAAAUAAUUCUACGUGAAUAAAUUAAUCGUGAAUCUAGUAAAGAGGAUAGAAUUAUUAUAAAAAAAAAUCGGUGACAUCCAAAAAGAACUUUAUUUGAUUUCGUGAUUUUCUAACCGGUCUCCUGUUUCGUGAACGAACUCAGAGGAUUCUGGUCGCCGGCGUUAGAUGGCAGUGCGGUCGGUCACAUCCGCAGAAUCAAAAAAGACAGCUGGGAAGUGUAACAUCCACACAUCGAUUCGGUGGUGGUCCGUUGGUCGCGUCGCGCGAAGAAUAUAUCCUGUGUGACGUGCGAUUUUUUUGCCCCCUCCCAAAGGUGAGAAAAGCGUCGGGGAGACUCGAGAGAUACAUCGUGGUGUCUCGAACGCGCGUCUGUAAUUCCUUUUUCGUUUGAUCCCUUAAUAGACCCUACCCCGUAAACCGACACAGUCACGUCUUUCUCGUAGUAAACGACGAGAGAAAAGAAGAAAGAAAAUCCUCGCUGGAAUUGUGAUCCUGUCCUGUGUCUCUUUCGUGUGAAGCAAGAAAGCUGUUUUCGCUUCGAAGAAAGUGACUGCCCAAAUAAGGAAAGGAAGGACUUCAAAACGGGUGAAGAUUCGGUUGGACUUGCGAGGGUGAUUUUCUGUUAUGCUGCCCUUCUCGUCAGCCCUUCUUGGUCUUCUACAAUCCUCCUGGUUAUCGUCCCGUAAUACUGGAAACGAAAGGAUCCCGCUGCACGAUAAUUAUCAGCUGCAUCUAUUCGUAUCGACUGCAUCGAUAAUCAGCGUGUCCCGGACGAGAACGAUCGUCCAAGAGUGUAAGGGAUCCUGCUAGAGUUCGGGUAGUCGAGAGUGACUGUAAGCGGCAUCGUCAGAGGGGCGAGGGACGAGGAGAGGAGGAGAGACAAGGGCGCAGAAUCGUUGCUAGUGUCGAGGGUGCCUACUGGCCACCCGUCGACCCUCCCCUUCGUCGGAGCAACGGCUGCCGUCCCCUUACCCAGAGAGAGAGAGAAGCCAAAAGGGAGCCAGCGACGGAGCGAGAGGGCAGGAGGAUAAGCUAUCGAGUGAAGUGGGGAAGGGGGGGGGGAGACAAGGCGCGUGCGCAACGGCGUGUUUUCAGCGUUAAUCGCGAGUCACCUGUCCAGUUCGGCCGCGAUCGUCCGCGAGUGUUACACGAGGGUACAAGGGGUGCGUGCUCGUUGCCGGAUCGAGAGGUUCGAUCCGUGUCGGCCAUAAUGUUCAACGUGCGUUGGACGAUCGCGAGCGACGCGAGCGUGAUCGCUUUGUCAAAGUGAAAUUACGGUAGACAAACCAACGGUGCUGGAAAUACGUACGCGCCGUCGUUAUGCAGCCGUCAAUCGUUCACGUGCUUCUCGCCUGCUGGAGCGUCGUGCUGGCAGCGUGGCAGGAGAACGUCAGGCCGAAGAUGUACGUCCAACUCGGAGCUGAGGACGUGUUCAGGUUCACGGGAAACGAGACGCACACGGAUUACUUUCGGCUUGUGCUCAGAGACGGGAAUUACCUCCUGGUCGGGGGCAGAAAUCUGGUGCACAAUCUGAGUCUUACGGAUCUGACCGAGCAGCAACGUCUUACCUGGUACUCUCCCGAGACGGACGUGAAGAUGUGCGUGAUGAAGGGCAAGGACGAGGAGAACUGUCAAAAUUAUGUAAGGAUUUUGGCGAAAACUGGUCCCAGCACGCUCCUCGUCUGCGCGACGAAUGCCUUCAAACCUAUGUGCCGUGACUACGUGGUUCAGCCUGGCAAUUACUCCGUAGCCAAGGAAAGAACUGGUCAGGCCUUGUGCCCUUAUGACCCUCAGCAUAACAGUACCUUCGUCUAUGUCGACGGCGAACUCUACACGGGGACCGUCGCUGAUUUCUCGGGGAUGGAUCCCAUCAUAUACAGAGGACCCUUGCAGACUGAGCAAUACGACUCUAUGAGUUUGAAUGCCCCGAAUUUCGUCAACUCCAUGACCCAGGGUGACUUUGUCUACUUCUUCUUCAGAGAAACGGCCGUCGAGUAUAUCAAUUGCGGCAAGGCUGUGUACUCGCGGGUCGCACGAGUUUGUAAAUACGAUCGCGGCGGACCCCAUCGUUUUCGAACUCGUUGGACAUCCUUUCUGAAGUCACGACUCAAUUGCUCCGUUACCGGAGACUUUCCAUUCUACUUCAACGAAAUCCAAUCCACAACGGAGCUGAUUUCCGGCCAAUACGGCACAGCCUCGGCUCAGCUGAUUUACGGCACCUUCACUACGCCGGUAAACAGCAUAAGCGGCUCUGCGGUCUGCGCCUUCUCGCUCCAGGAUAUCGCCGACACUUUUGAGGGCAACUUUAAAGAGCAAAGUGCUCUGAACUCUAAUUGGCUGCCCGUCCAAAGUGCCAAAGUACCCGAUCCAAGACCGGGCCAGUGUGUCAAUGACUCCAGCACUCUGCCUGAUCUUACGCUAGACUUUAUAAAGACACAUUCGCUAAUGGACGAGUCCGUGCCGAGCUUCUUCGGACAGCCAAUAGUCAUCAGGACCAGCUUCCACUAUCGAUUCACCCAAAUUGCCGUGGAUCCGCAGGUCAAAACUCCUGGCGGAAAGACGUACGACGUCCUUUUUAUAGGCACGGAUAACGGAAAGGUUAUAAAAGCCGUGAACGCCGAAUCCGCGGAUUCUCAUCAACGUGUUAGUCCUGUUGUUAUCGAGGAGAUCCAGGCGUUCCCUGUGACUGUUCCUGUACGUGGAAUUAAGGUGGUCCGUGCUACGCAAGCCGGAGAUGGACUCGAGGAUGGUCGUUUGGUCGUUAUAGCUGACAGCCAGGUGCAGGCAUUACGAUUGCAUCGGUGCUACAGCGACAGGAUACUGUCCUGUGGAGAAUGCGUCGCUCUGCAGGAUCCUUACUGUGCCUGGGAUAAGGUUGAGGGCAAGUGCAGAGCCUUGGUAGGACCUGCGGCAACAGACGCGAGCAGAUUCCUUCAGAGUGUCGCGACGGGAAUUCACUCUUCCUGUCCACCUAGCAAGACUCUAAAUAAGGAUGCUAGUAGCGUAGGCGCCAUAUCGGCCAAUCAAAAUAAGUUUCCUCAGGACUCUAUACCCAACAAAGAGAGCCAGGGAGGUGAGAUCAUCAACAUCAUGCAGAACGAGGAACAGGAUAAUUCUGGUCCCGAAGUGUCUGCUGCGGAUUCCCCGCCACCUCAGUACUCUGUGGAAACGUUGGUGAUGGCAGUGGUAGCCGGUGCUCUGGCGGCACUUCUCGUUGGAUUCAUCGCAGGAUAUCUAUGCGGCAGAAAAUGCCGAAAGGACGAAGACGAUAAUCUACCCUAUCCCGACACGGAGUACGAGUACUUCGAGCAAAGGCAAAACGUCAAUAGUCUGUCAUUUCACAGUAGACUGGCUCCAGAACCGAAGCUUCUACCUCAGGAGGAAGUGACUUACGCCGAGCCAGUUCUUGUACCGCAACCACCAAAGCUACACUCUCCCAAGGGUACCAUGAGGAAACCUCCACCGACGCCCGCGGAGACACUCUUCCAGUUUCCGGAUGGUUACGGGUUCCGCGGUACCCGCGACAACUUCGGGACGCUGCGUUCGCACCAGGGCGACGCGUACCGACGCAACGAUGGCUUCGCUACGACCCGAAGCGUGAAGAAGGUCUAUCUCUGAGAAACGAGCGAGGAGGGGGGUGGCCGCCAU